GCAAUCUAGCAGUUGUGUUAAGAAUACAGCUACCAAAAGCAGUGUGGCAUGAAUUCUUUGUCGUGAUUUCAACUAUCCGGCACACAAAACAACAAAAAAAGCUUCAGCCACAGCGAGGACUUCAAGUUAUCGAAAAAAUGGCCAAACGAAGCUUCACUGGUUUUAAACUGUUUCACACAAUAUCCAUCAUAUGCCAAGGGGCUGGCUUGUUCGUCUCUGGAUUUGAAACUUUGUACACAGGGAAACGCACGUUUUAUGCUGCUGAAAAUCGCGCCCUAAAAGGGUUUGGGUUUGCAAUAAAAACUGUUCGUUCUCGUGUCAUCUGCGGACGGGAAUGCAGCAUGGAUGACCGUUGCAAGUCUUUUAACUUUAACAACUGCAACAACAUGUGCGAGUUGAACCUCGUCACAAGACGAGAGCAUCCUGAAGACUUCAAUGCAACUCAAGGGAGUGUUUACUUUGAUGCAGAUAAGGACACACCUCUCUACUCACUGACUGAUAACUCCUUCAAUCGCUACAGAAGUUGCAAGAUGCUCUUUGAUGCCGGUUAUCGUUCAAGCGGUAUCUACACAAUCUACCCAGAGGGAUUCGGUAAUGGCAGUCUUCGUGUCUACUGUGACAUGGAAACUGACGGCGGGGGAUGGAUUGUGUUUCAGAGGCGACAAGAUGGCAGUGUGGACUUCUACCGUAACUGGACCGAGUACCAGUCUGGUUUUGGCGAUCUGUCCGGUGAGUUCUGGUUGGGCAACGACAACUUGGUGACUCUGACGUCUAAUGAUUCACAAGGAACAUGGGAGCUUAGAGUUGAUUUAGAGGACUGGGAGAACAACACGGCAUGGGCAAAGUACUCAGAUUUCCAAAUAUCCUCGGGUGAGUACAAUCUGAAUAUUGGCCAAUAUGAUGUCAACAGCACUGCCGGGGACUCUCUUGGGGAUCAAAGUAUUUACUAUGGGUAUCACAGAGGACGUGGCUUCACAACAAAGGAUCGUGACAAUGAUGCGACAGAUGAGGAUUGUGCACAAAAAUACAGUGGAGCCUGGUGGUUUGAUGGCUGUUUUUUCUCUCACUUGAAUGGUCAAUAUUACCCAGAUGCAAAUGCAGGUAGCGACAAUGGCGUACAAUGGUCGGCAUGGAAAUGGCAAUAUUCUGUGAAAGCAUGUGGCAUGAAAAUGCGUGAAAUGGGAGCUCAAAGUUGUAUUGUAUAAUAUAAAUUUCGAAAUAUUAAUUUAGUCGGCGCGUGUAAUUACGGAUAAUUGUACAACCAUGAGUAAAAUUGAAUAAACACUGACAAAACUGUGUUUUGCGAUUAAACACAACCUUGAUAUCAGCUUGAAAACAUGCUUAGAAGCUAAACAUUAAGCGCGCAAAUGGAGAACAAGAAAGAGUUGAUAAAGCAGCCUCGACUCCAGGGGCGCGUGCUCGUU